UUAAAUUUUGGCAGUGCAGUACGUGUCAAAAUAUGGACGACCAAUCUGAGGAUGUGUGGCUCAACUAUGACAACGACAACGAAUUUUAUCGUCCACCCAUCAAAGUGAUGCGAAUGUCACCGGACCACGAACAUUUGUUUCUUGAAUUCCACCGUAAAAAGCCGGGAAGGCGCGUCGAUCUUUGGAAAGAUCCGCCCCAAAUGGUGGUAAUGCCCAACAAAAUGAAGGUCACUCCUCUGGAUAAUCCGCCACACAAUCGUUUCUCCGUCGAUCCGGUUGCACCGAAAGGCCGGAAAAAGACGGUUCCGGUUUACGAUGCGUAUGGCAUUCACAUCGAGACAAGAUUGGACAUGUGCGACUGUUUGGAUUUGACUUGUUGCGGUUGUUUCUUCCCGUGUCCAAAGUGCCAGAGCAAUAAGUGCGGCACGGUUUGUCGCUGCAAUCGUACCUUUAUUUACGAUUCCAUCUCUGAUUCGACGGACGAUUUCCUAAUCGAGUCCCGUAUGAAUCCCAUUCUAUCGCAGACCUUUAUUAAGAUUAAUUAAGCCACAAAAGUAUUUUUCCUUUGACAACAACAUUUUAUUUCAUCCUGUAUUAAAAAUGUUUAGUUUAGUUUGUAUAUAAUUAGUUUAAGCAAUUAAUCGAUUGCUCUAUUUGUAUGUUUAAAAUAAAGUUCCUGUUUGACAAAUA